AUGUGGGUGAACCUCACCUCUGACAGUCUGGGCAGUGUACCGUGCCCUGGUCGCAGGAAGAAAUCAUUCCUGUUUUCAGCUCUGUAUGCUGCCUUUAUAUUUGGCGGUCGGCACCUAAUGAACAAGCGAGCAAAAUUUGAACUGAGGAAACCACUAGUGCUCUGGUCCCUGAGCCUUGCCGUCUUCAGUAUAUUUGGUGCUGUUCGAACUGGUGCUUACAUGCUGUACAUUUUGAUGACCAAAGGCCUGAAGCAGUCAGUGUGUGACCAGAGUUUUUACAUUGGACCUGUCAGCAAAUUCUGGGCAUACGCUUUUGUGCUAAGCAAAGCACCCGAACUAGGUGAUACAAUAUUCAUUAUUCUUAGGAAACAGAAGCUCAUCUUCUUACACUGGUACCAUCACAUUACUGUGUUACUGUAUUCUUGGUAUUCCUACAAGGACAUGGUGGCUGGCGGUGGCUGGUUCAUGACCAUGAACUAUGGGGUACACGCCGUUAUGUACUCGUACUAUGCCUUGCGGGCUGCUGGCUUCAGGGUCUCACGCAAGUUUGCCAUGUUCAUCACCUUGUCCCAGAUCACUCAGAUGUUGAUCGGUUGCGUCAUCAAUUACCUGGUCUUCUCCUGGAUGCACCACGGCCAGUGCCAUUCCCACGUGCAGAACAUCAUCUGGUCCUCUCUCAUGUACCUCAGCUACUUUGUGCUCUUCUGCCAUUUUUUCUUUGAGGCCUAUAUCGGCAAAAGCAGAAAAGAAAGGAAGGAUGACUAGCGGUAGGGACGAGAAGCCAUAGCUCAGGGUCAUCAAGAAAAACAAAAUUAUAAGAAAAGAAAAUGGCACAAGGAAACACAUAUAUGUAUGGUGCAGCUAAAACUUGGCAGCUUAGGGAAAGUUAGCUUGGUUUAACCCAGUAAGUUUAUGAUCCUAUCAUGGUGAGGACUCACUGAAUUCUACUCUAUCUCAAAGGACUGCUGAUGAAAGACAACUUCCUUCUUGUACCUGUCUGCUCUAGAAAAGAAAGGAGGAAAGAAAGACGAGGAAAAAGAAAAUACAGAAGGGAAGAAAAGAGAGAAGAAACGAGAAAAGGAAUAAUGUUGAGGGAAAAAAAGUACAUUAAAAAAGCAGUGCGUUUCCCCAGGGUGGAGGAGAGACUUUUAUUUCCAAAAAAAAAAAAAAAGUUUCUAAAUCCUUUCUAAUAAUUUUUCAGCAUUAAAGUUGAACAAAACAAAGCAGAGAGGUGACAAAAAAAAAUAUCUGUCUAUGAUAACAGCAGGAUUGAAAAAUUAAAAUCCUUUCCAUACAAGGUUGAUAACCUUUAGCCAAAAUGAAACCCAAAAGGAUGAUUCCUGAAUGGAAAGUGGCUGAACUCCACACUGCGGUCACGAGUGGAAAAGAGAAGACAUUGAUUUCUCUGCUGUUGUGUGCUCUGCUGGGGGAGCAGAUCUGGAAGGCAGAGUCACCUCCCUCAGAAGGCAGAAAGGAGCAGUACUUUUACAAGAGUUUAAUGUGAAAAGAUGCACUGUUGCAAUACAUAUCUCAGAGAGUGCAUUUUCCAAGUGCUUUUUUCAGUUAAAGGCAAGGAAUUUCUGCAGCAGGAUAAGUCAUAGAGGGUUAAAUCAAUCAAUAUUUGCUAAAUUACCAGGGGCUAAUAGCAGAGGGAUGGUCAGGAAGGAGACAGAGAUAGCUCCCCUCAAGUGAUUUUUAGGAAUUAUCCAUUAAUCUCAAUUUAACCCGCAGCAACGCCGAAUUAAACGGGGGAAAUGGGAAGGAAUCCUAGUUAGCAAGAAGAGAGAGUGAUGUAUCUGCCCACUGUUUUCAGAACAGAGCCCUGUGGUACAGGAGGGAUCCUGUGUUUCUGUGGAACACAAGGGCACCUGCCUGGGUGGGGAGAGGUGGCGGGACGGUGCGGAAUUGGGUAACACUGUGCUUCUGCAUCUGCCUCCGGGGCAGUGCAAAGAUGUUCAAAGUGCCCUCCUCUGGUCAUGUGGAGAUACUACUACAAAACAUACUUGGAAUAGGUUUUUCUUGAGAUUUGUAUAGGAAAAAAAUUAAAUAAAUAAAUUAGUCUAAACAGAGUAAUUUUGCUGCAACAGCAUAGCUCUAAAGUCCAGAGAGAAUUUUCUUUCAUUAAAUGUGUGUCUCUCUGCAGAAUCUGUACUGUAACAUCAGACUGACCACUUAAGAAGACACUCUUUCUUCUCUGAAGUCAGCUACAGAUAGAAGGAGAAACGUAUUUCACUCUGAACCUUAGGGAGUUAGUUGAGAACAGCCAUAUUCUUUCAAAGACAAGUAGAUUGCAUUAUCUGUGAUAUUCCAGUCCUUACAAAGCCAAAUAAAAUGUGUAAAAGUUCCUAGUAUUUCAAAGACGCAAGUAUGUAAACUUGAUGUUAAAUGUGUUAAUGUAGUAUUCUAAAUUGUAUCAGUUAGGUAGUUUAACUAAACAAUUAGAAGAACUAGAUCAACAAAAUAAGGACUGCUGUUCUGCGUAGGAUAUACACACACCUAUAACUACACCCAUAUACACAUUCUGUGAAUUGUCAACAAGAAAAAAAAAAAAGCCCAGUGGCAGAGAAUCACGUUUCCUGGCUAAUGCAAAAGAUUGUCAUUUUCUUUCUUGCUUUAAUUUGAGAUUGUACAGUACAAAGGGUAUUUUUUUUUUAAUUAUGAUUUUUAGCUUUAAUUGUGCUGUCAUUCAUGAAACAGAGCUGCUUUAGUAUCCUGUUAAGAGAUGACAAGGGCUUUCGGUGUCUCAUUAUAUACAAAAGAAAAACAAAUAAAGUUACAUUCCAUGUUAUGUCAAUGGUCUUACAAAUGAAAAAGCCUCUUCAGGCUAAAAUCAUAAUUAUAACAAGCAGAAAAUGAGUUUACAUUUGUGUUAUUUAAGUUAUUAAUGUGCUGACGUUAUUUUAUGGUACACAACAAAUAGCAAAAUGUGAUAUGCAGUAAUGAAGCUAUGAUAUUCAUUAAUAGGACUAUUGUAUACGUGGAAAUUUUAGACAAAACCAAUUAAAUGUGUAAACCAUUUUGUUAUACAGCUUGGGAGUAGAUAAUUAUAACGCUUGAAUAAGCCUUUUUCCUCAUGCUUAAUUUUGCCCUGGCUAAGAAGCAGGUUAAGAAGAUCAGUUAAGAGUGGAAAAGGCAAAAUUAGAGUUGACUGCAAUUAGAUGAGAAGGGUUGGUAGAAACCCACCAUCGUGCCAUUCAGCCCCUCAGUCCUGUGUGUCUUAGGUCUCUCAAAUAAAGCAAGAGGAGGGGGAAGAGGUCCAGUGUCUGUCCCAGUGUCCAGGAGCAGAAAUCUUGGACGCUGCCAAGUCAGUGGAGGCUUUGCUCUGCUUUGAACAGAGCCAGGGUGUGCGACUACCUUUGGUCUGGGCAGAGGAGGAGGAACCGCACACGUCUCCUCCUUUGAGGCUUGCAGCUAACGACUUAAAAGCCCUAUAAACUUUAUCAACAAGAAGUGACACCACACCACAGCCUGAGUUCAAGGCAGGCAGAAAACAGGGGGGACUGCAAACAACCUACCGUGUUUUUCACACUGUUUUCCUUAAUUGCUUAAGACCCCCCUGGUCUGUGCGUGCUGGAUGGCAAUGCAGGCAAUGCCCACACUGACUUUGGUGCAGCAAGAAUUUCACCUCCACGCUCUUACCCCCCCCUCCCAAACCUCUGCACCGUUCCCAGUGCCCAUGAGGUGAGGGGCCACCUUCCUUACUGCCUGGGAAGUGGCUCCAGCGGAGAAACCUCCUCACUGAAUUCUGUGGGCAUCCCAGCGGGCGACGGGGCUGCAGGCAGGCAUUCCUGUAGGGAAGGGGCAGCAAGAUCAGGCACAUAAGGGACAGUAACAAAUUUAGGGUACAUUCAUCAUCACGCUGGAAAUCGGCGGCCACACUGCCGUUUGCUUCAGGAGAUGACACAUCACACAUGCAUUUACACAGGUCCUACGACCCUACCAUACCGUUGAGCUUUUCCUCUGAGGUCUGACACUGUUGGUUUUUUUUCUUACAUCUUAUUUUCUUCCUAAAACACGCACACAUGAUAUUUAGACAUCACGUCUAACCCGCUCACACGUACUUAAACACUGAGCCAGUCAACCCUAACGUAAUGACACCUCGACAAUACUCCAGCUGUUUCAGCCUACAAGCCACAAGAUAGAAACACAGCUAAUUGGGUCCUAUUUAUUUCCCUUGUUUUGAGCCUUGGGGUCACUCUUUCAAAUUUUUCUGCCCACUAGCAGAACCCUUUUUUUCCUAAUAUUUUAAAUAAAGCUACAAUUCUGUUGCAUUCACACACAUCGCGGGGAACUCAAACUUUAUAAAAAUUCCCAAGCGUUAUGGGACCUGUGACAACCACCACAGAUGCUUGAAAUCCUGUUACGGGAUUCACUGUUAGAGUCAGGAAAGUUACACUGGGGAUAAGGUCAGUCUGCAAGGGUCAAAGUCUGUGGUUUAUGUUUUGUUGCAUUAAUUCAAUGUACUGAAAUAAAACCAGAAAGGUGGUUGGUGUGGAUUACGCUCAGGCAGCUGCGAGCAGAAUUUGGAUCUUCCUGAACACUUUAAGAAAAAAAAAUAUUUUCAAGUAGUUAGUGGAAGAAGUAGUAAAACUUGGGUAAUUUUGGAGCCUCUUUAAAUUGUGCCUGUGACGAGAAGGAAACCCCUCCUGCUUAGAGACCUUCUGUAACUCAGAGUCACAAAUGAUUUAUGUCUGGGCUCACUGAUAACACCCAACUAAGAGCGGCUGGCUCCAACACAGACCUCUCACCAGAAUCUCACAGGAAACCAAUACAGGCUUUUACUUGCAAGAUAAAGGCCAAAGCACGCAAAAGGAAUCACUCAAAAGAGCUAAGCUGGGUAGAAGGAAUAAAGUGUUGAGCACAAGUUGCGGGAGAGAGACAAGGAGGGAGAAGAUCUAUCCCAGCUCGAGGAGGAAAAUAUUUCCAGGCUGAAUACUCACUCCUUCCAAAGAUGAGGCGAGGCAGAGCGGGAGGAGGCUGGGCUGUGUAGUGCCAGGUGCCCAGGAUGGGGUGGCUGGUGGAACUGGGCUUCAUGCACAAGUUUAUUGUCCCCGAGUGCAAGCCCGAGUCUGUGGGUUUGUUUGGAGGACCAUCCGUGGUCUAACUUCAAGGCCUGGGCAGAUUUCAUUUUUCUUUCCUGGAAGUAAAAACCUGGGACAACAUUUUAGUUGCGAGCAAUGGUACCUCAGGGAUCAAUAUUCAGGUGGUUUUCAGUUAACAAAGAGCAUAAAACACCAAUUAUCGUGACUGUGAAACGGCAGCCUUUGCGAGCAGUGCCAGAUGUAACACAUUAGUGCAGUAAUAUCUCUAGUAGUUGUAGUCUGUCCUGUACUUCAGAACCAGUUACACAAGUAGAACACGUCUAUAUACGAGUCAUAAAUAACAGACGUACUUAAAGUAAUAAAAACUGCUUUGAUCAAGGAAGAACUCAAAGCGAAUUGCAGACCAUGCUGCCUAAGCUCAGGACUCGGUCCAAGCGCCUGCUGAAAGUGAGAUUGUUGGUGAGAUGUCCCGUGGCUUCACCGAGCUUUGCUCCAGCCCAGUUGCAAGACCUAAAUCCCCUCCUUGUUCACUUAGAGGUGACACGAACCACGCGGGGCAUCGCUCGGGCCCUGACACGGCUCUUCGGUCACAUUUUCCAGCUUGGUGUCGAUGAGCCCUCUAAAAGGGGAGAAUUGUUAGUGGGUUUCUACUGUUUUAUUUCAAUACGUUUUUCCAUCCAUUCCGGUUCUCUUAUCAAAAGCAAACUGAAGGACAAGUCCCUGAUCCUGCUGUCCCAAACGCCCCGUUGCAGGCUCUGCAGCCCCACACGGGCACAGAAACCUUCUGCUUACCGGGGUGAAGGCAGGAUCAGCGCCUUGUGACAGACUUGAUUUCCAGCAAAGCCAACACCACAGGGUAGGAUUUGAUUUCUUAAAUUAAACCAACUGUACCAACACACAAAUAAGAUAGGAUCUGCACAAGAACUCGACGGCUAAGGGGCAACCAGGGCCCUCCCCAGCACAUUGUAAAUGCUCAAUCAAAUGCUGCAUGAAGUGGGGUUAGAGUGUAUUUCCCAAUGGGUAUAAAAUAAUACUCCCCAGAAACAGUGACCUUCCUGAGAAGUCUCACUUCUGUCCAGUCCUGGACAGCUUCAAACAGGCCUGUCUGCUGAAAAAACACAGCUCUGAUUGACUUAUCUGCUUUCUCAAAAGAGCCACUACACGCUUUAGGCUUUUUGGAGCCUUAAAGCUCAAGCUAGAUUUAUAUUCAGAAAGAAAAAAAAAAAAACAACCUUAAAUAUGUGUACAGUAACUAGG